AUGUCUGACCUAAAGAGACUACUUUGUAAAUUCAGAUCCAAUUAUCAAGAUCAAAAGAUUACUACCAGAUACGUUGAAUCUACUAAGAAUUCAUUACCUUCUAAAGUAUACUGUGGACGUCACGCAGCUUGUAAGUAUCCACCUCCAUCAUCGAUAUGGAUAAUGAAGAGAGUAAAAAUGGAAAAGAUAAGGAUUACGUCAUGA